CCAUGGCAGCCGCCACCGCUGGCGCGCGGCAUGGGAGUGCACGCGCCAGGGUUUGCAAGUAACCGAAUAGGCUUACGUUACGUAAAGCACGCAGUAGAAGAACCUUCAAAACAUCUGCAGCGGCUCAUUUCGCACCUAUUACUCUUCCGGGCCGGGAGGCUAUUUCUAAGCUUCUCUUAUUUUGUAAACAUGGCUUAUAAAACGAUUGGGGGAAGACAGAGGUCUUCGUCAUCUUCCAGGGAUCGUCUCCUAGAGUGGCCCCAGCAGUAACUGCAAAAUUUAGUUCCAUCCUUCCACCCCGCCAAGUCCAUUCACGUUUUUACAGCCGUCUCGGUGAGCAACCCUGACGUCUGCAUAGUUAAACAGCGAGGGUGACCUAAUCGACAAUUUUCCAACUAGGACACGUGAGAUCUUUGAUUUUUUUUUUUUUUGACAUUCUCUUACUCUCAUUGAUUUGAAAAUGGGGAAGCUUUCUUUUAAGUGAAGGCGAGAAGGAAACCUUUGGGUCAUCUUUUAGUACUUCUUUCGUUAGCUUUUGCAGAAAUCCCACGCCGUGGGAAGCCAGCGUUUUCCAACUGAGGCUCCAGAUUGCGUAUCCAGGUCGCCUUCCCUCUGCAUUCACAGCAGUCUCCUCCCAUUCUUGGAGACUUCUGUCUUCUUAUUGAACCGCCAGGUGGCGCAUCUCUCCAAGGGAAUACAUCUGUCAUAACUGGAGGGGCAGUUGCCUAGCAACUAAAAACUGGGCGUUCCAAACAAUUGAGACCUGGGAUCCUCUUCAAGCCGGGUCGCCCUGUGGCGCACUGGUCUCCAGGGAGUAAGCGUGCACCCCUGGGCCUUUAAGCAUGCCUCACUCUCAGGAAUCUUACCCGAACCCUGCCGUAGGCGACAAAGACACACAUUUGGGAAAUCUGCUGGCCUCUAAGAAAUCGACUUUUAAGAACCCAACCCACCUUGUGCAGCAGCAGGAUACCUGGAAUCGGCUCAGCUCGGCUUCUACAGCCACAUCCAUAAGGCGAGACGCCUACUUUUAUGAUCCGAAGAUACCAAAGGAUGAUCUGGAUUUCCGCUUAGCUGCCUUGUAUGACCACCACACUGGGGCAUUCAAGAACAAAACUGAAAUACUGUUACACCAAGAGACCAUUGAGGAUAUGCAGGGAACCAAACUCCAGUUUCCUGGAGAAUGUUUCCACUCUCCUUCAGCCCCCAUCACUUCCCGGACUACCAUCCGGCACUGGAUCAACCCUAAGAAAGAAUCCAUCCAUAGCAUUCAGGGAUCCAUAGUGUCCCCUCACACUGCGGCUACUAAUGGAGGUUACUCCCGAAAAAAUGAUGGUGGCUUCUUUUCCACCUAGUGGUGACAACUGGGCUAAUUUUGCCAUGGUGGAACAUGCAGUCACCCAUCUUCAUUAAAUAGGUUUGUUCAAGAUGAAGCCCGAUGUGUCUGCUGCCUAGGACAUUUUUGAAAAUUCCCCAAUUCUAGAGACUAGUCCUGUUGGGUAAAUUUGUGCCUUGGAAAGUCUUUUUGCCAGACGUAAGGGUUUAGGACAGAACCGUACUGGUUUGGACACAAGUAUUUAGUGUACAAGUUUAGUGUAUAACUAAAGUCACAACUACACAGAGCCACAUCGGUGCACUGGGCACUAAGAGUCAGGGACACAGGAAACAGAAUAGCCUAUUUUCUUUCUUUCUUUCUUUCUUUCUUUCUUUCUUUCUUUCUUUCUUUUUUCAUCUUUAUUAACUUGAGUAUUUCUUAUUUACAUUUCGAUUGUUAUUCCCCUUCCCGGUUUCCAGGCCAACAUCCCCCUAAUCCCUCCCCCUCCCCUUCUAUAUGGGCUUUCCCUCUCCAUCCUCCCCCCAUUACCACCCUCCCCCCAACAAUCACGUUCACUGGGGGUUCAGCCUUGGCAGGACCAAGGUCUUCCCCUUCCACUGGUGCCCUUACUACAGAAUAGCCUGUUUUCUUAACAAGCAAGUUAUCACUAUGAUACUCCACACUCCACAGCUAAUGUCACAUUAUCGGCCUCUUGGGUUUAGUCAUCUGCUUCUUUCUCUUUGAGGGUUCGUUUCCCUGGCCCUACUCCUUGCCGUCGUUCAGUCUCUGACUCUGCCACUUCCUGGAACUCAACUGUCUUCUCUGUGUUAAUUUUGCCUGUGGCAUGUAGACCUGAUUCUCAUAAACGUCAUUCAAAAACUCGGUGUUUGGAUUUCAAGGUCCCUAAAAUUUGAUGCAGUAACAUGGUUCCUAAUCUUAUAAGUUAUGGGGUUGGUGGAUGGCUCAGUGGAUAGUGUUUGCUGUGCAAGCAUGAGGACUUGAGGUUUAUAUCCCAGCACAUCUGUAAUUCUGGGGUUAUGAGGCAGGGAUGAGGGGACAAAGGAUGAUCCUAGGGGUUCUCUGGCCAGUCUGGCUGAAUUAACUGAGUUCCAGGUUCUGUGAGAGACCCAGUCUCAAGCAAACAAAUAAAUAAACAAACAAAUAAACAAUAUGAUAAAUCAGACAGAGAUAGAUGAGGACACCCAACUUCAACCUCUGGCCUCCACUGGUGCACACACAGAGGCAUGUGAAUCUGCACAAAUAUGCACAAAAAUAAAAACACUUAAAAAUUAAGAGGCACUGAUAAGAACCUGUGUCAAAAAACGAUUGGGCAAAAAAUGAUCCAAUGUCCUUUUGGAGAUCGCACUAUAAGGUAUGGAGAUGGUAUAUAGCUUUAAUCCCAGCACUCAACAGGUAGAGACAGAGGAUUUGCUCAUCCAAAACCAGUCUGAGUUACAUAAACAUUGUUUCAAAAUAUUUAAACAAAAAGUAUUGGACUAUAAAGUCCCAUUGCUAAUUAAGUCUGACAGCAUUGCUUCGUGUAUAAUUCAAAUACAAAGGGGGUUCUUCCAGGAACUGAGGUGUCCCUUUAUAUUGAAACUUUCCAGUCUCCUCAGAUAGUAUCCGCUGCCAUGUGGCAAUAUGAAGUUUCCACACUUGGGAGGCUGAGGCAGGAAUAUCAGUGAGUUCGAGGCCAGUCUGAGAUAUCGUAUAUGAUGCACUGUCUAAAUAAAAUCUUAACAUUAUUCUGAAAAUGUGAACAAGAAGUGAUUCUUACAAUUUCAUUUCUCAGGGCAGCAUUAGCCUGAUAUCAGAACCAGAUAAAGACACUUGUACACACUCAGAAAACUCAUACUUAUACAUACACACCUACAAUGCUCUCACACAUAUACACACAUACUUUCACAUUGAGACACUUAUGCACACUUAAAUACAUAUCUCUCUCUCUCUCUCUCUCUCUCUCACACACACACACACACACACACACACACACACACAAUUAAGAACUUUUUUUUUAAAUAAGGAAAAGGAAAGGCCUAUAUUUGUAAUGAAUGCUAUGGUGGCUUGAAUAAAGACAGGCUGGGGUUAAAGGUGGGCACCAUCUCUUCCAGGCUGGGGUUAAAGGUGGGCACCAUCUCUUUUGGCUAGGCUCAUAUUUGCAUGUUUCCCAGUUGAGGAACUGUUCUGAAAGGAUUAGGAGGUGUGGCCUUGUUGAAGGAGGCGUGUCCCUGGGGGUGGCUUUGAGGUUUCCAAAGCCCACACCAGGCCCAGUCUCAUCUCUUUCUCUGCUUCUAACUGGUGAGUCUGAUGUAGCUCUCAGCUAUGCUCCAGCACCAUGCCUGGUGCUGCCAUGCUCCUUGCCGUGAUGGUCAUUGACACCCUCUGAAACUUCAAGCGAUAUUUCGAUUCAAUGUUUUCUUUAAAAAGUUGCCUUGGUCAUGGUCUCUCUUCACAGCAGUGGGACAGUAAUUGAGACAAACAUAGAUGUAAAACUCAGCAAGGUACUAACCAAGCCCAAUGGCUCAUCAAAAGGAUUAUUUUCUGUGAUCAAAUGAGGUUCAUACCAAGGACGAUAGUUCAAUAUGUAAAAACCAAUAGACUGAAAGGUAAAACCCACUUAAUCAUCUCACCAGAUGGGAAAAGGCAUUUGAUAAAAUCCAACAUCCCCGGUCUGGAGAGGUGGCUCAGCGGCUGAGACUGCUCUUCCCAGAGGUCUUGAUUGAAGUCCCAGCAACCACAUGGUGGCUCACAACCAUCUGUAAUGAGAUCUGAUGUGUCUGAAGACAGCUACAGUGUACCCAUAUAAAUAAAAUAAUUUUUUUCUAAAAAUCCAGCAUCCCCUCAGGAUAAAAAUGGAAGAUGUCCUGGCUGGUUUUAUGUUGGCUUCAUACAAGCUAGAGUAAUCUGAAAGGUAGAAACUUCAACUGAGAAAAUGCCUCCAUAAAAGACAGUUUUUCUUAAUGAUUGAUGGAUGAGGGCUCUGCCCGUGAUGGGUAUCCUACGUGGCUCUAUCCCUGGACUAUUGGUUCUAGAAGAAAGCAGGCUGAGCAAGCCACGAGAGCAAGGCAGUAAGAAGCAUCCCUCCACGGCCUCUGCAUCAGCUCUUGACUCCAGGAUCCUGCCCUGCUUGAGCUCCAGUCCUGACUUCUUUCAAUGAUGAACAGUGCAGUGGAAGUGUAAACUGGGGGAGUGGCAGUUCUGUUUACCGAUAGGAAAUUGCGUGAACAAGAAAUCAAGAAAGCAACCCCAUUUGUGAUAAAUGUGAACCACGAUGUGAAUGCGCUCUAUUGAGAAAACUGUAAACACGGAGACACUGCAAAGGACAGGCACACAUACAGACAUUGUGUUCAUGCACUGGAAGAAUCAGUCCUGUUAAAGUGUCCAAAGCAUUGUACGGAGUCUAUGCAAUCCUUAUCAAAACACUAAUGGCAGUCUUCAGAGACCUAGGAAAGACAGUGCUAUGAUCACAUGGAACGACAAAAAACAAAACAAAACCUUCAAAUAAGGCUGAGGAGAGGUCCCAGUAGCAAGCUGCUUUGCAAAACCAAGGAGCUGACUUCAAUCCCAGAACUCACGUUCAAAAUGCUGAGCAGGGGCCCUGGGAAGAUGGUUCAGUGGUUAAGAGCAGUGACUGCUCUCCCAGGGAGAACCGGGCUUUGAUUCCCAGCACUCACAUGGUAGCUAACAGUUUUAACUCCAGUUCCAGGGUAGCUGAUACCCUCUCCUGGACUUGGUAGACAUCCCAUACACGUGGCACACAGACAUAUGUGCAGGCAAAACACUCAUACACAUAAAAAUAAAUUUCAAACAAAUAAGUGUGGAGGUGCAUGCUUUUUAUCCCAGCACUGGGGAGCAGAAGCAGGUGAUCUCUGAGUCUGAGGACAGCCUGGGUCUACAGAGUACCAGGACAGUCAGAGUUUCACAGAGAAACCCUGGCUCAAAAACCAAAGAAAACCAAAAGAUGACGAAAAAGAGAAGAGGAGGAGGGAGAGUGGACAGUGCCUCUGUCCCCCAUACACACAUAGCCCACAUACAUACACCCAUACAUGCAUCUGCAUUCAUGAACUCACAUCAUAGCCAAAUCUUGAGCUUACCUCUCUUAAUAUAUCAUAAACGUAGUAUAGAAACUGUAUAUUGACAAAAAUAGGUACUUAGACCCAUGGGCAGAAGUUAUCUAUUUCUAGGCAGAAGAAGCCUAGAAAUAAUGCCUCCACUUCUCCAACCAAUUCAUCUUCAACAUGGCUGCUAAGGAAGCAUAUUGGAGCCACUGAGGUGGUACACAGCUUUAGCACUGGCACUCAGGAUAUAGUGGCAGGCAGGCCAGUGAGUUCCAGGCCAGAGCUACAGAACAAAACCCUGCCUAGAGAUUAAAUAAAACCCUGUGCUGGGUUGUUUUGGAACUUGACACAAACUAGAACCAUCGUUAAGUGGGAACCUCAGAAAAUGCCUGUCAGAUUGGCCUAUAGGUAUUUCAUGUAGGAUUUUUUUUUUUUUUGAGACAGGGUCUCUUUAUCAUGUAAUGUAGAACUAGAGUUUUAAAAAGGUUACUCAUUGUCAGAGUCUGGAUGUGCAGGGCUGGACGUGCCUGAGGGAGAGCCAGAGAUAGGACUUGCCAAACCAGCUAUCAGCCCCAAGGACAUUGACCAUCUGUAGCCACCCCCUCCCCUUCCUUCACCCCCCUGAGUGAGAUGAGCCACCCUACCUGCCUGCCGAGCUGCUAGAGAGCACGUACUCCUUGCUGAUGUAAUUUCGCGCCGAAAGAAACUGUGCACCAUUUGAAUUGACCAAUCAUGUGUAACCUCACGAAUGUCCCUAUAUAAACCCCCGAGUUUGGAAGCUCGGGGUCGAUUCCUCUGUCUCCUGUGUGGGAUACAUAUCGACCCGGGAUCCCGCUAAUAGGGAUCUCGUUAAUAAAAGCUACCUCCUGCUGUUACAUCAAGGCCGGCUACUCGUGAUUCCUGGGGGCACCCCACCCCUCGAUUGGAGUGAGAGACGCAGCUCCCCGUUUAGGGGUACGCUCUUUCAUUUGGAGGUCCCACCGAGAUCAGAGCGUGACCCCCCCGGAACCCCGAAUGCCCCUUGGAGGUGAGUUGGAUGUUUGUCUGAGUGUUUCUGUGUGAGCGGCGCCACAAUUGUCAGUCUGUGUCUGUCUCUGUUUUGGUUCCGCCGUGUGUGUAUAUAUGUGUGCCUUAGUACUGGUCAGUGCUAAGAGGGCAGAUGUGUAUUCCUGCCCUGUGCUAAGAGGGCAGAUGUGUAUUCCUGCCCUGUGCUAAGAGGGUAGAUGUGUAUUCCUGCCCUGUGCUAGGAGAGUGGAUGUGUAUCGACCCCCUGGCUGCGGAAGGGGGGACGCCCCGGGCCCGCAAGCUGCAGCCCCUGGAAGACGUUCUACGGGCGGAGAACAGUCGGGAGAGCUCGGCUGUGGCCAGUCAAGGGGAAGAGAGUGGAUGUGGAAUCCCACUCUGUAUCUGUGUUGAGAGAGUGGAUGUGGAAUCCCACUCUGUGUACCUGAUUGUGGUUUUCUGGAUAGGAUGUCUUGGUCUUGUUUGCCUGGAUUGUUUUCUGUGGUAUUGUCCAGUGUCUUUUUGACUUUUGUUUCGUAUUUGAAUUUGGACUGACGACUGUGUUUGAAUCUUGGACCUACGACUGUGUUUGAAAUCAUGAAACUGUUUGCUUUGUUCGUCGAAGAGUUUUACUUGGUCCCCUUAAUGUUUAGUGAGUAAGGAACUUAAUUUUGUGGACCCCGCUCUAGUGGCAGUGUGUUGGUUGAUAGCCAAAGUUAAUUUUUAAAGCAUAGUGUUUUAUCUGUGCUUGUACUCGCAGCCAGCUGUGAUGAGCUGGGAAAUAUUUAAAUUUUGCUUGGGAGCAAAGAACCUUAAAGGGACAGGCUACAUUAGAAAUGCUACAGGAGGAACCAUCUGAAAAGGCUGAGAGCUAGGUGGGAGAGGACUAUAAGGAAAACAAGAACAAGAAAGGAAUUUCUGACAUUUGCUCACAGUAGGAGAGCGCUCAUUUAGAGAAGUUCUUUAAGGGAGCCUGCCUUAUCAGGCGGUGGCCAAGGUCAGGAUUAAUGUUUUCUUUUCCAUGGGCCUUUAAACCCAGUGAGACAGUUUGGUAAAGGGCUACUACUGAGGUCCUGAUAGCCCCAGGUGAACUGGUUACGAUUCUUUUGUCAGCCACCUGGCAUCUAGCACCCAGGUUCUAACCAUCUCUCCAUCCUUUUGUUAUUAGUUGUUACUAGAAGCCUAGUGUCAUUUGGAGGCUGGUUCUCUUGAGAGGCAAAGCCACUAAGCUGACACUGAAGAGAGAUACUCCUUGAGGGAAAAUCUAAGCUUGUGCUUAUUUGUACAAUGGCCUUUUUGUUCCAAGAAAGGCCUUCUGGCUUCCCGUCUGACAUUGGCGUCUUUGCAAAGGGUCACAUUGAAGUAACGCUGCUCCGGGACAGUCUUUAGGAGUCAGGAUGGCCGAAGACAUCAAGACUAAAAUCAAGAACUACAAAACCGCCCCCUUUGACAGCCGCUUCCCAAACCAGAACCAGACUAAGAACUGCUGGCAGAACUACCUGGACUUCCACCGCUGUGAGAAGGCAAUGACGGCAAAGGGCGGUGACGUCUCCGUGUGUGAGUGGUACCGGCGUGUGUACAAGUCCCUCUGCCCCGUCUCAUGGGUCUCAGCCUGGGAUGACCGCAUAGCAGAAGGCACAUUUCCUGGGAAGAUCUGACCUGGCUCCGCCCACCUCUCCUCUGCUCUUUGACCUUCUCCCCGAUAGAAAAGGGGGACCUCAGUAUAUGAUGGUCCCUACCCUGGGACCCUGAAUCAUGAUGCAACUACUAAUAAAAACUCACUGGAAAGGUUUCAAAAAAAAAAAAAAAAGAAAGAAAAAGAAA